UCCAUCACCGAGUACCAAGUCCCAGAAGAAGAGCAAGAGAGCAACUCCAACAAGUGUCUGCUCAGGACGCAGCUUCAGUUCUUUGUAGUCCCCUGUCUCCCAAGGGCUCCGGGACCUUUGGAAUUCUUGUUACUUCUAUUCAAGGGCCUACAAAGACCUAACGAGGUCCUUGGGAUCCUCCUGAGACCCACCUGACCAUGACCCGGGAUGAGGACCUCCCUGACUCCCAUUCUGCACAGGGCUUCUAUGAGAACUAUGAACCCAAGGAGAUCCUGGGCAGGGGAGUCAGCAGCGUGGUCAGGCGCUGUAUCCAUAAACCUACGUGCCAGGAAUACGCGGUAAAAAUCAUCGACAUCACCGGCGGAGGCAACUUCAGCGCUGAGGAGAUACAGGAGCUUCGGGAAGCUACGCUCAAGGAAGUGGACAUCCUGCAGAAGGUCUCAGGAUAUCCGAACAUCAUACAGCUGAAGGACACUUACGAGACCAACACUUUCUUCUUCUUGGUAUUUGAUCUGAUGAAGAGAGGGGAACUCUUUGACUACCUCACUGAGAAGGUCACCUUGACAGAGAAGGAGACCAGAAAGAUCAUGCGGGCCCUGCUGGAGGUGAUCAGCACCUUGCACAGACUCAACAUUGUCCAUCGGGACCUGAAGCCGGAGAAUAUCCUUCUGGAUGAUGACAUGAACAUCAAGCUCACAGACUUUGGGUUUUCCUGCCAGCUGCAGCCAGGAGAAAAGCUCCGAGAGGUCUGUGGGACUCCCAGUUAUCUGGCCCCUGAAAUCAUCCAGUGCUCCAUGGACGACAGUCAUCCUGGCUACGGGAAAGAGGUGGACAUGUGGAGCACUGGGGUCAUCAUGUACACCCUGCUGGCCGGCUCCCCACCCUUCUGGCACCGGAAGCAGAUGCUGAUGUUGAGGAUGAUCAUGGAUGGCCAAUAUCAGUUUGGCUCGCCAGAGUGGGAUGACUACUCAGACACGGUGAAAGACUUGGUGUCUCGCUUCUUGGUGGUGAAACCCCAGGACCGCUGCUCGGCAGAAGAGGCCCUGGCGCACCCUUUCUUCCAACAGUACCAGGUGGAAGAAGUGCGACACUUCAGCCCCCGAGGGAAGUUCAAGGUGAUCUGCCUAACUGUACUGGCGUCGGUAAGGAUCUACUACCAGUACCGUCGGGUGAAGCCGGUGACCCGGGAGAUCGUGAUCCGAGACCCCUACGCGCUGCGGCCUCUGCGGAGGCUCAUCGACGCCUAUGCUUUCCGCAUCUACGGCCACUGGGUGAAGAAAGGGCAACAGCAGAACAGGGCUGCCCUGUUCGAGAACACACCCAAGGCAGUGCUCCUCUCCUUGGCUGAGGAGGAGGACUUCUGAGGGGCUGUGGGGCACGGGGUGGGGGCGGGGAGGUGCAAGCAGAGAGGCACACCCCCAGAACUGUGAGGAGGCCUCAUGCAGGUCUCCGCAUGGGAGCAGGUGGCCCUACUCUGAGCUCACCCUAGAUGCGCAUGGUGUUCCCAACAAACUGCAGCAAUCAACAGCUGGGACUGGGUGUGCAGCGCGUGCCUGUUGUCCUGAGACGGUAGGAAUUCCAGGUUCUAGGCCAGCCUGGGCAGCUUAGGGAUGAUUACUUCAAAAUAAAAAAUAGGGGUGGGGAUGUAACUCAGUAGUGAGCGUGAGGCCCCAAGUUCAACCCCUGGCAUGGCAAAAAUGGAUAAAUAAAUCAAUCCAAAGCA